AUGGCUGCCGUCGGCCUUGCCAGUCUUUCGAAUCUCAAGGGCGAUAGCAGCAUGAUGACGGUGGCCCGUCAAAAAUAUGGAUUAGCCCUACGCCAAACUGGUCGUCUCAUACAGACCUCGAGCAUGCCGGACUUUGAGGUUACAAUGCGCUCCGUCGUCAUGCUUGCCAUGUUCGAGCUCGUCAAGGGAGCAAAUCAAGGCAUUGCUCAUGUACAUGCGCACGUUAUGGGUGGCGUUGCUCUAUUGCGGAGAUGGUUACCUAUGCCGGCAGCAGCUUUUCUCGGCGUUCGCGCUAUGAUACAAAUGUCCUACUCUCUUUUCAUAGCUGCCUACAUCUCAGCGACACCAUUGCCGAACCCUCUUUACGAGUGGGUUUCGUUUGCCAAAACCCUCCUCGAACCUGCUGAUCAUCCAGCUACUGAUCUCGGCCCAUUAGUUGGUCAUUUUAUCCAAGUAGCCACCUAUAUCAAGACCCACCCUUUUUCUGAUGGCCAAAUGGAUACGGCUGCCGCUCUGAAGCAAUUAUUCGCCCUCGAUGAAUCUUUCCUAGAAUGGGAACAUGGGCUAGGACCUACAUGGCGAUUUCGUACAGAGAAGGCCAAACAUCUGCCAUCGUCUGUGGUGUUUGAGGGCGUAUAUCAUGUCUAUUAUGACAUGUUCGUUGCACGCAUGUGGGGACAUUACCGGUGGGCACGCACUCUUCUGAAUCAACACAUCAUUGAGUUCACCAAGAAAUACCCCAAAUCCAGCGCACCUUUGAUGUCACUGGCGGAGUAUGGACGGCGAUAUGAGAUUGUAAGAGGGCUCGCUCGUGAUACGCUUGUGAGCACUCCGACGCAUUGGCGACAUCCUCUUCUUACCGAAAAAUCUGCCAUGCCAGUUGAGAGGAUAGGAGGCGCAGGCUCAGGUUCCGCUGGACUUCCUGUUGUUCUGUUCCACCUUCAGGUGGCUGCAUGUGCCCCUGGCGUGCCAGACACAUACUGGGACUGGGCAUUGGCGGUGAUGGAAUGUAUAUGGAGUGAUAUGGGCAUUCUGCAUGCCAAAUCUAUGAUGGAAUCUAUGAAGGCAUACCGAGACUCCUUACUGGUGAAGGAGGAGGCAACUGAACUCAAUGUGCAAUGA